AUGUCGUGGACAUCACCGGGCUCGGCCCUCCUACCAUUAGUGCCUUUAUUAGCGAUAUUCGGCAACGCCCUGGUCGUGUUGGCCGUCUACCGCGAGCGGUCGCUGCACACCGUCACCAAUCUGCUCAUCGUCUCGCUGGCAGUGUCGGAUUUUUUGGUGGCCAUGUGCGUGAUGUCGUUCGGCGUCUACGUGGAGCUGAAUGAGUUCAAGUGGGGCCUCGGGCAGUUGGUGUGCAACGUCUACCUUGCCGCUGACGUCAUCUGCUCAACCGCAUCGAUUUUGAACCUGUUGGCGAUCUCGUUGGAUCGGUACAUCGCCAUCUCGCACCCGAUCUCGUACGCGCAGUACGGUAGCCGAAAUGGCCGGGCGAUCGUGACGAUAUCGAUCGUGUGGGGCGUUUCGAUCAGCGUGGGCUUCCCGAUUUUGUUGGGCGUCAACGAGCAUCAGACCGAUGGCGAAGUGAUCUGCGAGCUCGGCAACCCGUACUUCAACAUGAUCUCGUCACUCUUCUCAUUUUUUAUGCCCUGUCUGGCGAUGAUUGUCCUCUACACGAUCAUCUUCCGAAGAUUACGGCAGCGCGAGCGGGCUCGGUCGUUGCGUCAGGCCGUUAAGGCCGACACCGACAAGAUCUCGAACGCGCUGCUGAGCGGGGCACGGUUUACUCGGCAACUUGGCACCCAUUUCAAGCAAAAAGCCGACCAGAUUUUGCUGGAGAUUAGUUUUCAGACAUCCUCCUACCCCACAAACUCCGAUUCGAGUGAUGAGGGGUCGUUGACGAGUCCGUCUACUCCAGAAGAUUUAGACGUGCCACUGCCAUCACCAGAAUCACAUGUUUCGAUACGGUUACCCACCCCCGAAGCGCAAAGCCUCGUCCGGCCGGAAGUGACCAGUAUAAACCUCCGGAAACUCUCGGCUCCGGAAUUAAAGUCAUGCGUGAAAACAUCUCCCUCUGGCCCCUUCAAGACCUCCCCCACGAAGGAGGAGCUCCAAAAGCUGCAGGAAAAUCUGGAAGAGAUGCAUUUAAGGUACGAGUCGAGUGCCGCGUUGACGUUGAGAUCCUUUGGCGAAGAGCUCGGCGAGCUUUUCCCAUUCAUCGACAGCGGAAAUCACAGCCGGAAAACUUCAUCCAGCCAUGAUGACGCCCUUCAGGUGAACAAGAAGCGGAUACGACGGUCGCGGAGAGAUACCGAUCGUCCUCACGGUGGCUCGAUGCGUGAGCAGCGAUCUCCGAUGCUGAGAAAUGGAGAUGUCGUGACGGUGAAUGCGGGUACUUCCACCACACAGGAUGCCAUUGAGAAUGGGGGCACAAAUCGGCUUCAUCCCCGGAUCCAUCUCCCCGCCGACAAGCCGAUGAGCAACGGAACAAGCGGACCCUUGUCUGAAUGUUCAGUUUCCACAAAGAAAACCGCGGUUGAAUUGACGUUCGGCGAUAAUGUGCGGAAUUAUAAGAAUGAGCUGUGGAAACGGGUCACGGCCGGCUGGAAAGCACGCCCCUCACGGCAUCUCGUUAAAAAAGCGACAAAGCAGAUGAAGCGCGAGCAAAAAGCAACCGUAACCCUGGCGGUGGUGCUAGCUGUGUUCCUGUUCUGUUGGCUGCCCUUCUUCAUCCUGCACCUCAUCAACUCUCUAUGCUCGAUCUGCAAUGAGGAUGGGAGCGGGUGUAUUCCCGGGGCCGCUAUGUUCUUCACGACAUGGCUGGGAUACGUGAACUCCUCGCUAAACCCGCUCAUCUACACGGUGUUCGACCAGCGAUUCCGCAACGCUUUCCGCAACAUUCUCGUCUGUGGAGGCGGCAAAAAA